AUGAGCAGCUGGGUGCGCAACGCCACGGCGUCGUCGGUGGAGGGACGCGGGGCGGGGGAGGCGGAGCCCGCGCCCUCGCCCGCGCCCGACGCGGAGGCGCCGCGCCGCCGCCGCCACCGCCCGCUCUACCGCCGGCUCUUCCACUACGUCCGGACCGCUUGGACCGGCGUCAAGUUUGCUCUAGACUCCGAGCUCGAGGAGUUGGGUGAGCAACUCCCGCGCUAUCGACCGGACUCCAUAGCGGCCCUGCGGCGCGUCACACGCUUCACGGAGCCCGAGCUGAAGCGCCUGUACCGCGGCUUCAAGGCCGAGUGUCCCACUGGCGUGGUCAAGGAGGACACCUUCAAACUUAUCUAUUCACAGUUCUUCCCACAAGGAGCCAACACUGCACAGUACGCCCACUACGUUUUCAACACACUGGACCAAGACAGAAGUGGCUUGUUAAGUUUUGAGGAGUUCGUGACGGGCCUAUCCGUGCUCUCAAGAGGUAGUUUAGAAGAGAAGUUGCGAUGGACGUUCUCCCUAUACGAUAUUAACGGGGACGGCUGCAUCACUAAAGAGGAGAUGACCGACAUAGUGACGGCCAUCUACGAUCUGAUGGGCCGAGUGGUGGAACCCUCGGUCGAGGAUGACAUAGUACAGCAGAAGGUGGAGAGACUGUUUCAGAAAAUGGAUCUAAACCGCGACGGUGUUGUGACAUUGGACGAAUUCCUGGACUGCUGCGUGCGCGACGAGGACAUCUCGCGCUCCAUGGGCGUGUUCGACAGCACCUUCUGACAUCCAUCUGACGGCGCGGGCGCCUCCAACGCCGCGCGCCGCCGGGCCGCCCCGUGACAAAGGCCUUUGAGUGCCCCAUUUCUACUCGGGG